AUGAAGUUUGCAAAAAAAUUUCAGAAGGUCCUUUCCGAGGAAACACUUCCAGAUGAAUGGAUUCAGAAAGCCAUUCGAUACAAGGCUCUAAAAAAGAUUAUUAACAGGACUGUCACAGAGAUGGAGGAAGUUGGAGCUAGUAGAGAGAAUAUGUCCAUUAAUUAUGAAAUAUCCAAGCUUCACAGGCAAAUUAGGCCAGUUCUUCGUAUGAAUGUUUCACCUUUGACGGAAAGUCUUAUAACAGACAAGCUUGAUAAACUUGGAUAUGAAUAUGAUGUUAAACCGUUGCAGUUGAAAUUAAAUUCUAAAGUUGAUGUGGAAGUUCUCAAUUCAGAAUUGAAUGCUGGUGAUCAUCUAGUGAAUUCUAGUUAUUCCUCAAAAUCUGAGCCAGUAACGGAAAGUACGAAAGAAAUUGAUACCAAGAGUUUAGAGGAUGAAGAAAUGAAACCAGAAAAUGACGAGACAGAGAAGAACGAUGAGGAUGAUGCUGAGGAUGAUGCUGAGGAUGAUGCUGAGGAUGAUGCUGAGGAUAGAAAUCCGUCUGCUUCGACAAUUUCUGCCGAUAACAAACUAAAUGCAAAAUCAUCAAGUGCCACCCCAACUGUUUCGGUUGAAAAGAUCAACACUGCUAGUCCAAAUGAAAAUAGUGCCAACAAUGAUGUAAUUGCAUCUACGCCGAUGGAUGCUGGUGCUCCAUCCAUAGAUGAAAGAUCAUCAGUAGAAACUUCAAUUGAAAGAUCUGCUGCUGCAUAUCUUUCACUUCCAAUGGGAACGUCUCAAAGUAUUUUGUCUACAUCAAGUGCAAUGACGGCAUUGAAUCCGUUCGAUGAUAAGCCGUACUACGAAAUCACGGUUUCCUUACACCAAGAUGCAAAGUUUUUCCAAAUGCUCUAUGAGGAAAUCGAAGCUUUGAAUAACUUUACCGACGAGCGAGAGAGUGAAAUUAUUACUUGUGUUGAGAAAAUAGGUUCUAUAGUGGCAAAGACUUCUUCCCCAGAAGCUAAGAAGAGUGACUUGUAUGUUUGGAGGAAGAUCUUCCAGAUAUAUACAGAGUCUCAGAUUUUCUUUAGCACGAUUGAGAGAUCAGCCGGUGUACUUAGUAACACGACGUCCAAAAUAAGAUAUGGAAAGUUUCUGGAGGAGAUAGAGAAGCAAAAGUUAGUGAGACGAUUCAAAAGAAAAGAGUCAUUGGAGGCCUUUAUGGAAUUUAAGGAUUUGAAUGAGUCCAUGUUAAAGGUGUCGAACUUUCAGGCAUUGAACAUUAUGGCGAUUUCAAAGAUCCUCAAGAAAUUUGAUAAGCGUACUCACUUUAAGACCAAACAAUUAUUUCCUGAACUGAUGGAACAGUCUGAGAAGAUUGACAUUUUACAAAGUUCAAUUGGCAGAGAUAUCUGUUCCAUCGUUGCAAACAGACUCCUUAAUAUUGUUCCUCAGGUCGAUGAUUAUCUUUGUCCAAUAUGCUGUUCAGUUGCCUAUAAGCCGAUUCGACUUGAUUGUGGUCAUACGUUUUGCGUUCGCUGCCUGGUAAAAUUACAACGUAAGGGUGAAGACAGAUGCCCACUGUGCCGUAAAGAUGUUGUUUUAAAGGCAGACGAAAACAAUUUGGAUGUCUCGCAGAUGGAAUAUCUUAAGAUGUACUUCCCUAAGGAAGUGAAAAAGAAGCAGGCUGAAAAUGAGAAGGAAAUAUUCAAAGAGCAAUAUGGAGGCAUUGUUGAUCCUGAUUCAAAAGCAUGUGUGAUAAUGUGA